CCUUUAACAGUCUCAUGCUCCGCCAUCGACCUUUGGAUCUCGAAGCGGAUAGGCAGCUCCGCCGUCCACGGUGGCAAUUGGCUGCGCUCUUCUCCACUGGCUACAGCUGCUUCCGCACAUCGUGGGCCAAACGCAGCAGACAGUGCGCGCACAUACAGUCUUUUACAUGCAUGCACGCACGCUAUGUAGCGUGAGUGCGUGCGAUGCUGCUGGAGCCCAAAGUCCUUCUUACCGUGGCGCUGUCUCUUAUUGAAAUGUUUGAAGAUUAACGAGGUCACCCUUGUCCUGUAGACCACAAGUUACUGCCAGCUGCACCCUGCAGGCUAGGAAGACGACAGCGUGUCGAGGCGGACCGGGAGGAAGGAAAUACCGCUAUAGCUGCGUCGGGCUACCGCAGUGCACGUAAUCAUGACCGAGAAACGGAUGUCGCGGUGGUAUUUCGGGGGGCUUGCGUCCUGUGGAGCCGCCUGCUGCACGCAUCCUCUGGAUCUCCUCAAGGUACACCUGCAGACACAGCAGGAGGUGAAGAUGAGGAUGAUGGGGAUGGCUGUUCAUGUGGUGAAGAGCGACGGUGUGCUGGCUCUUUAUAACGGCCUCUCUGCCUCACUUUGCAGACAGAUGUCCUAUUCCCUCACCAGAUUUGCCAUCUAUGAGACGGUGAGGGACAUGAUGGGCAGCACAAGCCAGGGCCCCAUGCCCUUUUACCAGAAGGUCGUGCUGGGAGCCUUUGGAGGUUUCACUGGUGGGUUUGUUGGCACGCCGGCAGACAUGGUGAACGUCAGGAUGCAGAAUGACAUGAAACUACCACCAGAACUGAGGAGAAACUACAAACAUGCCAUUGAUGGGCUCUUCAGAGUCUUCAGAGAAGAGGGUGUGAAGAGACUGUUCUCAGGAGCCACUAUGGCCUCCAGCAGAGGAGCGAUGGUCACUGUGGGACAGUUGGCGUGUUAUGACCAGGCCAAGCAGCUCGUGCUGGGAACAGGCAUGAUGGGCGACAACAUACUCACACACUUUCUCUCCAGCUUCAUUGCU